AUGGGUUUUAACCCACUUGGACCAGAAGACCAUUUUCCUGGUGACAAUGCGAUGGAUGUCGAUGAAGAUACCGAUCCCUCAAUGCCACCAUCUGGAACUCCGAACCACCCUAUCGAGAUUUCUGAUGGGUCACCUUUUGUGGGAUCACCAUACAAUGGUCCCGACAGCUUUGAGGAGAAAUUCAGGCAGCAUGACUGGGUAUUUACCCCUAGUUACCAUAACUCUCCCUUGCACCAGCCACAACACAACUCUCCCUUGCACUCCCAGCAACAGCAGCCACAGCAGCAGCAAAAUCCUUCUGAGGAUUUCCGGCGUGAUGUAGUCACUCCACCGCCGCCACCACCUCCGGUUUUGCCUCCUCCGCCUCCGAGCAGCCGAUACUCGCCACUUCAUGAAGAACCCGAGAUGGGAGAAUCUUCACAUCCCGUCUCAGAAGUAACUUCUGCACCAAUCGCGCCACCACCACCACAGGACUUCGGGAACCCAAUCCCUGCUUAUACUAGCGUGGCAGCAUAUAAUCCCUUCGAGCAGACGUUUCCCCCAGGUUAUAACUUUACAGAGGAUCCCUACUGGGUAGCUGCAAACUACAACUCUCUCAAUCCGGAAGCAGCCGCAGCCUCCUCAACCACCGCAUUAUCCGCUACCACCGCCGGCACCGAUGAUGUCGCCGCCACAAGUUCAAGAAAUCCUUCAAGGGAUAAACGAUGUGCGACGUGA